AUGGCCCGUCAACGAAAAGAAAAGUCUGUUAAGGACAUUAAACUUCAGCAGCCAGAUCGAUCUGGUCCCAGUAAGGAAACACUCGUCGAUUUCGCAAAGGGCCGCGACCUCUUCGCAGAAGCCGAUCGAAGACAACGCGAGCUCAACGGCGAAGGACCCCUCUUGUCCCCUCGCACAGAACGUAUCUUUGAGACAAUACUAUGGACUGGCGUCAUUGCCACCGUGCAUUUUACAUUUGAUGUCCUAGUACAGCGACAAUAUGCGAUGGACGUUGAUUGGUUCGCCAUCGUCCAAAGGACCUUGACAGCUUGGCUUUGUAAGAUAUCCCCGAUCUAUACGAAUUUUCCUCCUAACAUGAUGUUUCUUUAG